AUGCCCUGCAUUCUUAAUUUCACCAUCCAUGACAAGGGUCGGCCUUUGCCAAAAUUUGGUGAGUGGGAUGUAAACAAUCCGGCGUCGGCUGAUGGAUUUACGGUCAUUUUCGCCAAGGCUAGGGAUGAGAAGAAAGCCACCGGAACCGCCGCUGGGGCCCCUGGACAGAAAAACUACGACAAUAAUCCACCACGACGGACAGAUGCCAGAGCGGAACAACAACAUCCCCCUUCCCCAACGAAGACUAGUGGUAAUGCUUUUGAAGCCAUGAAUAUUAUGUUAUGUGGAGAAGUUGAAAGUUGA